AGAAUAGAAGCAAAAAUAGAAAAAGGAGAAAUUUGCUGACACGAAAAUUGAAAUAAUUAUUACAGUUGAUGGUAAAAGACAAAAAUGGAAAAAAUGAAGAAAAAAAUAAUUGAAAACUAUUCCAAGAGUUUUGAAUAUAUUAGAAUGUUAGUUUUUAAUGCUUGACGGAAACAAUCUGGAAGAUUCAGUGACAAGGUCAAGAAUUUGGGUGAAGGUAAACCAGCCAACAACUUUUACUGAUCAAUGAUGCGAGGAUGCUGUACACAAGAUUUUUCCUCUAAUGAAACGCAAAAGAUGGAACUGAGUGGAAGAGAAGAAAUAAUACUCGGAUCAAUCUGGAAUAAUCGACAAGACGAUAAUUCCCAAGUGAAUGAGAAAAGAUUUCGAGGAUUUCAUCUAACGAGAUCAAAAUGGGAUCCAUAUCCAUGGGUAGGUUCUGUUGAAAUCGAAAGUGAUGCACAAAUUUCAGGCUUGAGAGCAGGAGAUUGCCUCCUGCAAAUUGACGGCGAGGAUUUGCUGGGACUAAAAAUGUCGGAUAUUGCAUUUCUAAUAGGAAGAUGUGAUCAAGUGAAAAUUCAAGUGUGGAGACACAGGAGCAAUUUAGAGAAGAAAUCGGAAGUUAGUAAGGAAGAAAUAAAUAAUGAGGAGAAAGAAAGGAGGAACGUGAGAAUUUUAGCACUGGAAGGACCUCUCCCCGAGGUGGCAAUUAAAUUAUCGAGUGCAGUGUCUGGAGUUGUUCGAGCACUCGAAUGUCCAAUUUGCCUGGAAAGUGCCCAAAGUCCAGUGUCGCAGUGUGUGAACGGCCACAUCCUCUGCGUCGGCUGCAGAGCAAAAAGCACCAGAUGUCCCGUGUGUCGAGUGAGUCUCGGUCAAGGAAGAUGCCUCCUCGCUGACAAAUGUCAUAAAGUUCUCGUCGAAUCAUUCGGCAUUGACAACAAAUCAUCAUCAUCAUUAAAAUCAGAAUCAUCGUCACUCUCCAAACGCCUCCUGGGACCAAGAAAGACAAAUCAGAACGAAAAUAUAAAUUUCCAAAAACAUUCCUCAUCGAGUAGAAGAAAAAAUCUCAUCUCAAGAAUAUUUCCAUCAAUCAGUCUAGACGAGAAGGCAGUGUCGACGGAGAGUUUACCAGCGACUGGAAGCUGUGACGAGAAUGGAAGAUCGAAACGUUACACCGGACGACAGUGGCUUCUUCCGCGAAGUUUCAAUAAUUUAAAUGAUCGAACAAAAUCGGCAAGCACUGGCGAGUUGUCGAGGGACAAUGAACGAUCGGUGAGUGGUUCGUUGAAUCGUUUGACGAAUAAUGAUGAAAUUCGGAAUUCCAAUGGUUUAUUGAGUGUUCCACCGACUCCCGUUUGGGGUGGAUCAACGGAAUCGAUGGCAAAUUUUCGAAUUAAUUGUCCAUUGUUGAGGAGAGAGGGAUGUCGGGAAUUAUUAACACGUGAGACGAUUUUGGAGCAUUUGGCUGCGUCGCACGCUGGACCAAUUAUUCAUUUUCAUAAUGGAAAGGCGGAUUUGCCAUUUCCUUGGCCUUUCAGUUCGCAGGGAAUUUAUGUUUUUCAUCGGGACGAGGAUGUUUUUUUCCUUCAGUCGGAAAACGAAUCAAUUUGGAUCCUCGGCUCGAAUAGCAGUGACAACCAAAGGCAUUGGACUCUAAAAAUUCGGAAUAAUCAAGAAGAUGUAAAAUUUCGAAGAGACGUGAUAAGUUUGCAAGAAACCAUUAACACUUUUCCCACAAGUAUUGUAAUUCUUCCUGAAAAUCGUAAUUUCAAUUCAAUGGAAAUUCACCUACUAGAUAGUGAAAACAACGAAGAUAUUGAAGUUUAAUAGAAAAUUAAUAGAAAAAAGUAAUUAAAAAAAUAGAAAAUGUAAUGAAAAAAAAGAAAAAAGUAAUAAAAAUUGAAAAAAGUAAUAGAAAAUUGUACACAUUUGUAAUAAAAAAUUGUUCACAUUUGUAUUAAAAAAUUAUAAUUAAGUGACAAACUAAAUACAACAUUAAAAUUUCAAUUAAAGAUAGUAAACAAUUUUAUUGAUUAAUCAAAUUAACAAUUCUUACACUUAUUGAUAAUUAAUGACAUCGUUCCUGAUAACUG